CAAAAUGGCUGAUGUGAAGGAGACAAACUUUCUUAAACUCAUAUGGCUCUUGAUGAAAUAUGGUGCCAACGUUUUACAACACAGGAUUGAAUAUGAACUGAGAAAUCAAAAAUGACAGAAAUUGGGUGAUUUUCUUGAGGAAAGAAAACAUGAAAUUUUUCAUUUGAUGAUUUCUAAAAAUUGUUGCCAAUGCCCUGUAGGUGACGACUACAGAGGUAAACCACCUUUGCCCAAGGAUGUUCUAGGACAACUGUACGAAAAUUUAGAUCAGUGCUGUUCACCUAAAUACAGGGGCUGUUGUUGCUGCAAGCUUUCUCCUCGUACAUUUCUGAAUACACAUGUUGCUAUAUUAGACAUAACCUUCUCAAGUUGUUUGCUGAAAAAUUUUCUUAUAGAAGAUUCAAGACAGAAACAAGUUAUUGAAAACAUUCGAAAACUAAGGAAUGAUAAAGAGUUGUUACACAGAGGGAACGCCGAAGUUGACGAUGACAGCUUUGAGAGGAUUUGGCUGCAGUUAUCUAAUGCAAUAAAAGAAGUAGCUGAGAAGUGUGAGCCAUAUUUCUACACAAAGAUUAGGGAUGAAGUGGACAGUCUGAAAACAAGACCACUCUCCAAGGAAGACACCAACUCAUCAAUAAACGCGUGGAAAAAGCUACAGGAGGAGUUUGGCAGCCCAGUUGAUGGACAACAGAUUUCUGACCUCUGCCAGAAAAUGGCACAAGUUUGCGGUGAUGUAGCAGCUAUAACAAAUAAACUUCAGGAAGUGAGAUUUCAAAAGAAUAACCCUGAGCUGGAAAACGUGCUGUGUUACACCGAGUCACAGCUAAAAGCUCAUGAAUCGAAGAUCUAUGUAGAACCAAUGAGAGCGAUGCAACAUUGCCUCAAGAAUAUGGAAAAGCACAGAUUUAUCUGUAUAACAGGAGAGGCAGGAAGUGGAAAGACGAGCUUCGGACUUCAGCUGAUGCAGCAUAUAAAGAAGAAGAAUCCAGACUGUAUACCUAUCAUUCUCACAGAAAUUAGUCAGUGGUUUAGAUUUAUAUCACCGGAUAAAAAGUUUAUUAUUUUUGUUGAUGAUAUUAUAGGAAAGUCAGGUGUUAGUGAAAGGGAUUUUGCAGAAUGGCGAAAGGUUUUUGAUGCAAUGCAACUACGUGUAAGUGAUGAUUGUUUCCCUACAUUCAUUAUUUUUUCGUUACGAAAUUGUAUUUGGGGAAUAAAGAAAGAUGAGUUCAAAGAUUAUAUUUUAUUCAGCGUCUUCAAAACUUCUAAUGUCGAUUUGUCAGGUUCAGACUUUGGCAUGUCCUUCAAAGAAAAGAAAUCAAUGUUGUACAGAUAUUGUAAACUUUACAACAUUUCAGUUUGUAAGUCAGAGUUUGAAGAGAAUAGAUCUUUUGAGGUUUUUGAUCCCAGUGCUUUGUGUCUCUGUGAGGAAACUUUGAAUAAUAUUGCUCAAUCGGAAACUGUUAGUGGUUUUCCACUGUUGUGUGAAGAAUUUUUUAGCAACCCAGAGUCCUUGAAACAAAGGUCAAACUUUUUCACCAUCAAUUCAGCAUGCAACCAUUUUAAAAAUCUAGUGGAUGACUUAUUAUGCAAAAAGAUGUAUUUGCAUUAUGUUAUAUUAGUUUUGUUCUUCUUGGAGGUUUUAACAGAGAAAGCGUACUCUAUACAAGAAAUAAUGAAACGAAGAUCAAAGAUAAAGGAAAUUGCAAAGAAAAUUUAUUUGUUUCACUUCAUAUCACACCAGUUGAACAAAGCUGAAAUUCAGGGUAGCCUUAAAGAUUUACAGACCACUUUUGUACAUAGUAAAGAUGAUGGGUACAAACUUAAGCAUAUGGUUGUGUAUGAAGCAAUUUUACUGUCCUUUGGGGAGAGUUUUCCAUCUCCAUUUCUAGAACUUGUGAACAGGAAUGAUGUGUUUACGUAUGUAAGGUCACAUAAUUACAAACCAGAAAAAUGGGAGAUCUGUGUGCAUUUAGAAGAUGAUAUGACUGAAGCUCUAGCUAGAAAACUGAUAGAUAUUUUUGCUCCAAAUACUUUUGAUGCUUACACUGUUGUUUACAAGCAUCCAUCAUUUAACGAUGUACAGUUGGUGUCUUGAUUUUUGGACAUAGUGGAGGAAGAGCCUGAAUUCGGAGCUUUUGUAGAUUCUUUUGUGGCUGGGGCUUGCAGUUACAAGAGAGAUAAAUUAGCUUGUGAAACAGUCAAAAGAUUUUCCAGCUUUUUUACAUUUGACUUUGAAAUAUUGAAUGUAAUUUUGACUCAUGAUCUUAUUGAUACUUUCAAUCAAUUUAUAAAUAACUCUGAAUUUCAAAAAUCAUUUGUGGCUCAUAUUUUGGAAAAAGGUAAUGAAAACAAUCUUUUGUAUACUGCAUCUAAAAGUGGCUCUAAGAAGUGUUUUCUUGGUAUGCUUGACUUAUUGCUAUCCAGAGACAAUGAUUUAGAAACUGAUGGAGACAGUCAAGCUGUUUUAUCAACAUCUGAUGCUAGGACACUAAUACAAUCAAUUCUGUCACAUCAUGAUGAGGCUGUAGGGGCGGACUGGAGGGAGGCAUUAACAAAACUGACAGAGUUAACGGCAUCUGAUGAUUACAAACAAGACGUUUAUAAUUGUAUUGUUCUGGAGUCUCUUAGGCUUAGAAAGUAUGAUAUUACCCUGGAAUAUCUUCAAUUUAUAGAUUCUUUCAGAACUGUUGAUGUGCUUCUCUUAAUUCCUUGUUGCAUAGUCUUUGAUGGAUGUGAGGUUUUUGAUGUAUUAUGUGAAAAGUUGAGAGGGUUAAAUCUUGUGUAUGAUAAUAAGGCACUUGCUUUUAUAGCAAUACUUACUUCUAAGCAUGAAAACAUGGUCAUGAAGCUAUUACAUGAAUUCAAUAAUCAAUACGAAUAUAAGUUUACCUCCAAUGGUGGCACGAUACUACAUGCAUGUGAACAGAAUCACUUUUCUGACUCUAAUUUGCUGUUCAUUCUACAAAGACCUGAGGGAAAGUUUAUGUUUACAAAGGUAAAUGAUGAUGGACUGACCCCUGUACAGUGUAGAAGAUCUUACCCGAGAGUCAGAACAUUUCUAAGUGUGGAGAAUCUAGUCCAGUAUUCUUAUUAUGUCAGUACAACAGAUCUGUAUCCAGGUAGAGAUCAGUCUACAUAUAAACGUUUAAGUGAUGAUAUGCUGCUUCUCUUCAAAUCUGACAGUUUUA